GCGCGCUGCCCGGUGUGUGCAGGCGGUUGCACGUGAACCACCGUGAUGGCCAGAAGCUCAGAUGUGGUGAAGAAAAUCAUGCGGUUCAAACUUCAGCUGUCAGACACAGCAGAUCCUGCUACGGUCCUGAAAAUUUUGCAGAAACUGAAGGAUCUGGAUAUCACAUUAGAUGUCCUUUCUGAAACUGGGAUUGGCAAAACGGUUAAUUCCCUGCGGAGACACAAGCAAGCAGGAGAAUUUGCCAAGUUGCUGGUUAAAGGUUGGAAGAAACUAGUCCCAAAGGAAUCCACAAGUCAAAGUGACAGUGCCGCGUGGUUGGGUGGUGUUUCUGUUAAAAACAAAGAGGAUGACCAAAGCUGUUCCGAUAAUGGGAGUUUGCAGAAUGACUAUAACAAUAACCACCCGUCGUCUAAUCGUGAGGAUAAAGAUGCUUUAGAUGAGACGGCCUUCAAAGUGCUUGGUAAGAAAGAACAACUGGUAGAGCAGAAAAGAAAACUCAACGUGGACAAGGAUAACGAAAAGCCGCAAGAAGAAAGCACGGCCAACCUUCCGAAGGACAUUUCAAAAGGCAAAGCUCAAAUCCAAGAGGACCAAAUGGACGAGAGUGAUCUCUCCAAGUUGAAAAAACAAAACAGCGAUACCAUGUUCGGCAACAAAACCUUUGAGGGUACUCAUAAAAAAUCCAGGUCUGAGUCCAGGGAAAAGUUGAAAGGCACCUCUGGGAGAGAACGAGAGUCGAACACAAAAUCAAAGCCAUCAAAAGAGUCAUCGAGGAAAGACGGUGAGCCGUUUUCCUCCCGUCACAAGCACUUAAAAACAUUAAAAGAGGCCAAAGAUGACAGACACCUGGAAGAGUCGAGGAGCUCAGAGGCUCAAAACAGAAAAAGGAAAAAAACCGACUAUGAAAAGCGUGACAAUGUAAAAUACCAUCCAGAUCCUGAAAGCAAGAAAUAUUUAAAGAAUCAACGCAAAAAGGCCAAAAUGGGGCACCGAGAUGCAGAGAGCAAUGGUGAGCCGGGCGAACCCUCCAUGUCUUUUGAAUCUUACUUGAACUAUGAUGUGAACGUCCUCAAGAAGAAAGAACAUUCAGGAGUGAAGAGGGCUCCCAAGGUGGUCAAGGCUGCAUCAAAAGAGCCAACAUCAAAAGAUCCAGGGAUUAAGCCUCGGAAGUCCACUGCCUCUUUCUCAGAACAGAAGCCACAGGAAUCUUUAAUGCGCCUGAUGGACGUCCCAUUGCCCGCCACUUUGCCAGAACUGGAAAAGCCCUCCAACGUUGACUACUGCUUCGAGAAGAAAGUUGAGAGGGAGCCUGAUUUAUGUGACGUCUCGGAGGAGUCUGCUGUCUUCACUGGUCAGCGGCUGAACAGGAAGAUGCAAGUGUACUCGGGUGCCAAAACCCUUUUCCUCCCGACUAUGAUGAGCUUGUAUCAACAGUGUAUCCGCACGCUCCAGAACAACCUCAACUUGCUUUAUGAGACCGGCGGAGUCCCAUUUGAACUUCUUGAGCCAGUGCUGGAGAGGUGUACACCAGAGCAGCUGCUGCGAAUAGAGGAAUACAACCCAAUCUACGUCGGCGAGACCGACCAUUUAUGGGGGAAACACUGCCAGAGGGAUUUCAAAGACUGCAAACUUCAGGAGUAUGAGUCAUGGAAAGAGAUGUAUAUCAGACUGUCUGAGGAGAGGGAAAGGAAGCUCAAAAGACUGACAAAAACUAUCGUCUCGGCGCAGUCCCACAAGCCGAAGGGACGGCAGGUGAAGAUGGCAUUUAUUCACACCGUUGCCAAGCCACCAAGAGAUGUGCGAAUUCAGCAGGAAAUUCAUGGAACCGCUGUGCAGCAGCCGCAUCCGCUCAAGUGCAGUGCUAAACAGGAGAACCCAAUGAGAUCCAGUUGCAGUGAACCCAACAGGUCCAGUAGCAGCAGUAGCUCUGGCGGAAACAACAACAACAACAACAACCACCAAGACCCUCGCAAAAAAACAAAGGUUGCUCCAAUGAUGGCCAAGUCCUUAAAAGCAUUUAGGAAACAGUUGGGGCGCAGAUGAUGUUUUUUUUUGUUUUUUUUUUUACAGGUUGCAGAUGUGAAGAAAAUGUAGCUUUUCAGUAACUUCAAACUAUAUUGAGUCUCUUUAAUAUGAUAUGCUGAAAUUAAGGUUAUUGCCAUUAUUUUCUGUUUGCUCUCAGCACUAUUAAACCGAGAAUGAAAUCUGCAAAAUGAGCCAGUUCAAU